UCAAAUUUUUCCUCCUAAACUAUCUAUUAUUACACCAUCUCUUAUUCAACUUGAUGUAUUAUUUCAAUAGUAAUCGGCUCUCUUAAGCUGCUUUAAGUUGAUUAUGGUAACAUCUUCGUUGAUUAUUAUGUUUUACCUAGUUUAGAUGAAUUUGUCCACAGAUCUCAUGAAAUAAAUCGUGAUAUAGUGAUACACCGUUUUGAGUGAAUAAUAUGCGAGUAUAGUGAAUUUAGGAAUAGUUGUUCUUGUCCAACAUAAACGCACCUAGUACCAGAAACAUGGGUGAAUAAUACGUAAAGUAGACAUGAAUACAUGCUUAUUGAAUAACCAGAAAAUGCAUUGGUUUCUUUAUGUAAUUUAUCUUUUUAUUAUCAUGUAUGAUUUAUUUGUAUAUUAAAGAGAACUUAUAUGACCCUGCUGUAAAUAAUAUUUGUUAACAAAAAAGCAUCUUUAUUUGUAUUAUCUUCACAGUCCUCCCGGAAAUAAAUAAAUUUUGAAAUGGUUGCAUUGAUUUAGAUUAUCUGUUCUUAGGAAAAUAAAUAAAUGUCCUCAUUGCCACCACUGUUUCAUUUUGUCACAAUUAAAUAGGAUAUGUUAUGCAAGCAUCAUAUACUAUCGAUGCUUAAGAAUAAGAAUGGAAGUGUUGGAGCGGAGAUCCCAACAAUAGAUCUUAUUAUAAAAUGAUGUACAUCGGAUAUGGGUGUGGACAGGUAUGGAUGAAGUGACCAGGUUGAAGAGUUACAACUUAACAUGGCAAGUUUAAAGAAGCAAAAUUUGUAAUAGUUUGCAUUCUCCAUGAGCAAGUGAAGGAAAAAAGAUCCACAGAUUUAAAAUGUUCAAAACUACAAGUGAAAGCAUGGACAAGCCAUUAUGCACAACAUUAUUUGUGCAAAUGUGGCAGUCUCAUCACAGAUCUAUAGUUAAAAUAGUAGUGUAAUUGUAAAUGGUAUAGAAUGCAGAAAACACAAUCCAUAAAGUGGACGAUUGCAGACUAAAUUACUAAACUUAUUUCGUGACGUGAACUCUAUGUUUGUUACGCUAAAGACAAAACCGAAUAAACAACGCAAAAGCUACCAAAACUGAUUACAUACUUUUUCGUGAGAAAACGGAAAAGUUUGUUGUAGCCCACAGAUCAUUCCCCCACACGGUGGGUGCAAACCAGGAUUAUUUCACGUAUAAAAUCCCCUCUAAGAGCAAGAGAGGAAGUGGUAAGAGUGACUAAUCUUGAUACAAGAAAAUCCUUGUAUUUUAGUUUCCUUCGUUAAAUGGAAAAGAUUACAUCCCCCCUCUACAUGGCCCCCUCCACCUUCUCCUCCUCCUCCUCCUCCUCCUCCAAGUCUUUGCAUUUGUCUCGUUCUCCGGCGAGAGGGAGAAGAGGUGGUACUAAGGUGGUGCAGGAGGCAAAGCACGAACCCAUGGCAAUUGUGGGGCAGUUGGUGCGAAAUAUCUUCAACUCAGAUCUACGGGAGAAAGCCCUCCUUGAGCUCUCCAAGAAGACAGAGACGGUUGAGGAUCUGGCUCUGCUGUUGUGGCACUCGAGAGGCAUAAUUUCCGAGCUGCUCCGGGAGAUUGUAGAAAUCUACCCUGCUCUUUCAUCCCCAAAUUUAAUGCAGGCUGCAUCGAAUCGAGUCUGCUAUGCACUCACACUUUUUCAGUGUGUUGCAUCACACCCUGAGACUAGGACUCUGUUUGUAAAUGCUUGUAUUCCGCAGUACUUAUACCCAUUUCUGCAAACCGUCGACAAGUCCAAGCCUUUUGAGUACUUGCGGCUUGCCACUUUGGCCGUAAUUGGUGCUCUUGUUAAGGAUAAGGAUGCCGAAGUUAUCAAUUUUCUGCUGGGAUCAGGAGUCAUUUCUUUGUGCUUCAAUAUCAUGGAGAUAGGCGACGAGCUUUCAAAAACUGCGGCUACUUUCAUUGUUGAAAAGGUUCUGCUCGAAGAUGUUGGGCUGGACUAUUUUUGUGAGACUCCUAAGCGUUUCUUUGACAUGGGUUGGGCUUUAGCAAACAUGGUUGAAUCACUGACUGACCGCCCUUCCACGAAGUUACUGAAGCACAUUAUCAGUUGUUACCUCAGGCUGACGGAGAUUCCUAGUGCCAAUGCCCGUGGAACGCUGCAUGGUUUCAUUCCUCCCGUGCUGAGGGACCGGACGUUUGAUAACUGUCUCAAGGAUGAACCUGAAACACGGCAGCGUCUCAAACGACUGCUGGAAAUUGUCCCGAAAGAUAACGGGCCAGAGAAAUUGAGUGAUCUCGUCGCCGCUGCAAUUCGCCACAAGCGACGCUCCAUCUAAUUGUGAAUUGCACAAUGUGCUGCAGUUUCCAUUCAGAAAACAAAAAAAACUGUUUGUUGUAAUAACAAGUCUUCUGCUGGCUUUCGGCAUCCUGAAUCAUUUAGAAACUUGUAAUAAACCGGGGAAGAAACUAUGGUUCUUCUCUUCUGUUGCAUCUGGUUGCUAUUUAAACAGCUUCAUCGUGAUUCCGUGUGGACUAAUACCUGAGAGUUUGCUGUAUUACUGUUACAAUUAUGGUGCUAGCACACAUGAAUUUGCUCAGUCAUGCAUGGUCAUGGAGAUUGUUC